UCCAAGAUGGCAGACGAACAGAGUAGCAAAGACUUCGCAUUUUGUGUCCUUUGUAGGAAGAAUCACGACCAAGGAAGAAAGCAUAUAUAUUCUAAAAAGCACAAGAAAGCUUUAGAGAAUGUGCUGUUAAAAUUUGGAAAAAAAGUGGACGAAGUUAGAAAAUAUCUUCAUAACCCUUCUGUUCAAGACGGAGAGUUAGAGCCAGGAGCUAAGUUUUGGUGUCAUUUUUGUGGUGAAGAUGUAAAUAAACAUGUGACAGACAGACGGGUGUCAAUCACCUAUGGCGGAGUGUUUGAACACUUUGCGAGUAAAAACCAUCAUAAAAAGUUGCAUAGUUUUUGGAGAGAACAUGGUGCAGAAAAAGAGAAGAAAAGUGCUUUCUUGGUCACCAAUGAGCAGUACAUCAGGUUCAAGGAAGGUGUUGAUAAGGCUUUGAAAGAACAUGAAGAAGUCAUGGAGAAAAAAAGAGAAAAGGAGGCAGAAAAAAUAAAACAGAUAGAAGUAAAACAAAAACGAGAAAGCCAACAGCCACCAGAAAUACGACCACAGCAACCUCUUGUUAUCUACAAAACUGUACAGAAUGAGUUUGGCAUUCAGCAAAAUCCCACUGGAUGGCAUGAAGGCUUUAGAGUCUGGGGAGGAGGCAUAUUCAAGUACAGACAAGGGUCUGAUCAGUGGUAUCCAUGGGAAAUGGACAAGGAAGAGGGAGUACCUGGAAACACUAGUAAUGCAGGUGUAGGAUUAUCAUCCCCAAGAGGAAUCCAAACUGCUAAAGCAUUUGGUAGUAAUUUAACAUGUAUAGAUAUAAAAGGCCUUGGACAAGGAGAAGGCAAUAUAUAUUCUGGUGCAACCCCACCAUGGUUAAGGGAUGAUGAUGAUGACAAUGAUGACAAAAAGGAAACAUGCAUUGGCCCUUCCUUAGAAGACUUUCAGAAACACGUUCAACGAAAGAAAAAAUCAGCUCAAAAUCCAAACAGAGUUGGAGCAAACUUUGAAAGAGAAAAACAGACAGAUGAAGAAUGGUUACCAUCUUUUGGAAGAGUAUGGAACCAAGGACCACGAUGGCAAUCAAGACAUGAAUUUAGGAAUGAACACAGAAAGAAGAAGAACUGAUGCUGUAAAAUAUUAUUACCAGAAAGAAAUAAAGAAAUUUUGUUGUAAACAACCUGUUUUACAUAAUGUGGAUUUUGCUUUUCUACCUUCAUCAUCAUCUUCCCCCAAAACAAGUCAAGAGAUACAUUUUUUCAUACCAAAACAUUUUCCCAAGGGAGCAAAUUAAUGGUAUAGAAAAUAAUAAUAAAAGGAGGCAUAGUUAAGAAAA